AUGUUCACUAAUGGUUCUGGUGAUAAAUUGGUCAUUUUAGUAGUCUAUGUUGAUGAUAUUAUCAUUACUGGGACUGAUUUGUGUGAAAUUGCUGCUGUCAAAGCCUUUGUCCAUGAUCAAUUCAAGAUUAAAGAUAUAGGAACACUUAAUUAUUUUUUGGAUAUUAAGGUUUUGUAUUCUAAGAAUGGUGUAUUACUUCAUCAGAAAAAGUUUAUCCAUAAUUUGCUUUCAGAGUUUCACUCUUCUGAUUGUUCUUCUGUGGUAUCUCCUCUUGAAAUGCAUGAGAAAUUGAAAGCAGAUUAUGAUGAUCCCUUGCCUAAUCCAGAGACUUACAAGUGCCUUGUAGGUAAGCUCAACUUUUUAACACAUACCAGGCCUGACAUUUGUUUUGCUGUGCAGCAUUUGAGCCAGUUUAUGCAGAAACCUUGCAUUCCUCACAUGCAAGCUGCAUUACGAUUACUCAGGUACCUUGAGGGUACUCCUAAUUUUGGUGUCUUCUAUAAUAAUUCUUCUGAUCUAUCUCUGAGUGUUUAUUGUGAUAAUAAUUGGGGUACCUGCCCGGAUAGUUGGAAAUCUGUUGGUGGGUUUUGCAUAUUGCUGGGUGACAGUCUUGUGGGUUGGAAAUCCAAGAAACAAUCUGUAGUGUCCUUGUCUUCUGCUGAGGCUGAAUAUAGAUCCAUAAGCAAGGUCACUGCUGAGAUAACUUGGAUUUGUAGACUUCUUUUUGACUUUGGCAUGUUUCUAUCUUCCCCUGUUCGUUUGUUUUGUGAUAAUCAGGCUACCAUUCAUAUUGCCAAGAAUUUUGUCUACCAUUAA